GUGUCCAUUGUAGCAGUUCUUCAAUUCCUAAAAGCUUUUCCACACACAUCUCUCUCUCUCUCCACCCCCCCUCUCUCCUCUCAAUUCCUCAAGCUUGAAGCUUAAAGGAUGUGAACACAUAAAAAAAAUUAAAUCUGCAUUAUUUCUGAGCUAACCCUGGAGUCAUUUCUAGUCUUGGCAUGUUUGUGAUGCUUCUUCACAUCGAUUCUUGUUCUUUGUGAGGUGGGAUAUCAGCUUGUUAGCUCGCGAAUUGUUGCUUUUCAACCUCGUGAUCUGGCUAAUGCAUGUCUCCGAUUCGAUUAGAAGCUUGUGUAGCCUCAAGAGAGCUAAUUGAUGGACGAGAUGUGUCCAACGAUUGCAGUUACAGUUAGCUUAGGUAACCCCGUGUGCGAAAGUCACAAGGAGACUGCACGGCUCAAGCUAGAGACAGAGGCAGCAAUGAUGCUGGAUGAUGUUUCUCGUUCUAGUUCGGAUAACACGGAAAGCAGCAAUGUUCCAGUAGUGCCCCAGGGAAGUGAGGCGAAACGUGAUCUGUCACAGACGAUGGCUGAAAAUUAUCAGUUCAGUAGUGAUGUUCAGGAAAGUGAAGAAGACGAGGUUCUUUCAAUCGGGGAAGGCCCUGACUUGAGUAGUGUGGAGUUGGUCCCCUUAGAUUCUUGCUCGGAUUUAACCGUGCCUUUAGAUACCACACCGGAGUCCAGCUUACCCAUUGCUGUCGAGAUCGAGGGCGUUGAUAACGGCCAGAUAGUUGCAAAAGUCAUCAGUGUGGAAGAUAGAAACACUAAGCGGAGGUUAUCUCACGAUAACCUCACAGUAGCUACUACACAAGAUGAAGAAUGCUCGAGCGGGCCUACUAUAAAGGCUUCGGUAGUUUCUCUCAAGUUAUCCAAUGAAAAAAAUCCUAGCAAAGGAGGGGUUAAGAGUGUCUACGAGUUGGAUUGUCUGCCUCUUUGGGGUUCGGUUUCCAUCAUUGGACAUAGGCCGGAGAUGGAAGAUGCUGUUGUAGCCGUUCCUCUAUUCAUGAAAAUUCCCAUCAAGAUGUUCAUCGGUGACUAUAAGAUAGACGGGAUAAGUCAAACUCUGACUCACCUCACCUCACACUUUUUUGGGGUAUACGAUGGUCAUGGUGGAUCUCAGGUUGCAAAUUAUUGUCGUGAGCGUCUCCAUUUAGCUUUAAGAGACAAGAUAAUAAAUGUCAAAGAUAAUCUGGUUAACGGGAGCAGCCAAGCCUCCCAAGAUGCUCGACAAGUGCAAUGGGAGAAGGUGUUCAAUAGUUGCUUUAAAGAGGUCGAUGACGAGGUCAGUGGAAAGGUUAGCCGAGUCAUACCCGUAGAAGAUGCAAUUGUGUCUAAUUGCGCCUCUGAACCCGUUGCCCCUGAAACUGUUGGAUCCACAGCGGUUGUUGCAGUUGUUUGUUCAUCCCAUAUUAUAGUUGCUAACUGUGGAGAUUCGAGGGCUGUCCUUUACCGUGGUAAAGAGCCAAUCGCACUCUCGGUUGAUCAUAAA